UCCCAGAAAAACAGAGCGGGGCCAACUGCAGCGUGUAGUGCGAGUGGGGCCGGACGCGCGCAGCCCGCUGGUCCGCCCGCCCGGCGACCCGCAAGGAGUUGGCAUCCGUUGGAAGAGUUUGUGAAACCCUCUCUCAGCUCAGAGCUCCAGGACCAAUGCAUCUUCCCACUGCCUUAAACCACUGAGAAAUUCAGAGCCCGGUUGCAGAAGACUUGUCCUGCUAUACCACCAUGAGCUCUGAAUGUGAAGUUGGUGCAUCUAAAGCCGUGGUCAAUGGCUUGGCUCCCAGCAGCAAUGGGCAAGACAAAGACAUGGAUCCUACAAAAAUCUGCACUGGGAAGGGAGCAGUGACUCUCCGGGCCUCGUCCUCCUACAGGGAAAUCCCGAGCAGUAGCCCUGUGAGCCCUCAGGAAACCCCGCAACGUGAAAGCAAACCAGGUCUGGAGCCAGAGAAUUCCUCAGCAGAUGAGUGGAGGCUUUCUUCCAAUGCUGAUGCCAAUGGAAAUGCCCAGCCCUCUUCACUCGCUGCCAAGGGCUACCGAAGUGUGCACCCCAACCUUCCUUCCGACAAGCUCCAGGGUUCAAGUCCUCUAGUAAAUGAAGUUUCUUCUUCCCAUACCGGAACUGAUUCCCAAGCCUUUACACCACUUAGCAAGCCAUCAUCUGCCUAUCCCUCCACGACGAUUGUCAAUCCUACCAUUGUGCUCUUGCAACACAAUCGCGAACAGCAAAAACGACUCAGUAGCCUUUCAGAUCUUGCCUCAGAAAGAAGAGUGGGAGAACAGGACUCCGCACCAACCCAGGAAAAACCCACCUCACCUGGCAGGGCUACUGAAAAAAAGGCAAAAGAUGACAGCAGGCGGGUGGUUAAGAGCACUCAGGACCUAAGAGAUGUUUCCAUGGAUGAAGUGGGCAUCCCACUCCGGAACACCGAGAGAUCAAAAGACUGGUACAAGACCAUGUUUAAACAGAUCCAUAAACUAAACAGAGAUGAUGAUUCAGAUCUGUGCUCUCCUCGAUACUCCUUUUCUGAAGACACAAAAUCCCCCCUUUCUGUGCCUCGCUCAAAAAGUGAGAUGAGCUACAUUGAUGGUGAGAAGGUAGUUAAGAGGUCGGCCACACUACCCCUGCCGGCUCGCUCUUCCUCACUAAAGUCAAGCCCAGAAAGAAACGACUGGGAGCCCCCAGAUAAGAAAGUGGAUACAAGAAAAUACCGUGCAGAGCCUAAGAGCAUUUACGAAUAUCAGCCGGGCAAGUCUUCCGUUCUGAGCAACGAAAAGAUGAGUCGGGAUAUAAGCCCAGAAGAGAUAGAUUUAAAGAAUGAACCUUGGUAUAAAUUCUUUUCGGAAUUGGAGUUUGGGAAACCGCCUCCCAAAAAGAUAUGGGAUUAUACUCCUGGAGACUGCUCUAUCCUUCCUAGAGAGGAUAGAAAGACUAAUCUAGAAAAAGAUCUCAACCCUUGCCAGACAGAGUUAGAGGCAGAUUUAGAAAAAAUGGAGACGAUUAAUAAAGCACCCAGUGCAAACCUGCCACAGAGCUCAGCAGUCAGCCCCACUCCGGAAAUUUCUUCAGAGCCUCCUGGAUAUGUAUAUUCUUCCAACUUCCAUGCAGUGAAGAGGGAAUCAGAUGGGGCUCCUGGGGAUCUCACUAGCUUGGAGAAUGAGAGGCAGAUUUAUAAAAGUGUCUUGGAAGGUGGUGACAUCCCUCUUCAGGGCCUGAGUGGGCUCAAGCGACCCUCCAGCUCAGCUUCCACUAAAGUGGAUCGUAAAGGUGGGAAUGCUCACAUGAUUUCUUCAUCUUCAGUUCAUAGCCGAACGUUUAACACUAGCAAUGUGUUAGGCCCUGUGUGUAAGCACAAGAAGCCCCUGUCAGCUGCGAAAGCCUGCAUUUCAGAAAUCCUUCCUUCCAAAUUCAAACCGAGGCUCUCUGCUCCCAGUGCUCUUUUUCAGGAACAGAAGAGUGUCCUGUUGCCCUCAGAGAAGGCUCAGAGCUAUGAGAACCUUUGUGUUUCAGUUUCUCUGAAUGAUUCUAAAAGAGGCCUCCCCCUCCAAGUGGGGGGGAGCAUUGAGAACCUGCUCAUGCGCUCCCGGCGGGAUUAUGACAGCAAGUCGAGCAGCACCAUGAGCCUCCAGGAGUAUGGCACCAGCACCAGGAGGCCCUGCCCUCUCUUGAGAAAAGCUGGUAUGCAGUUUACCAUGUUCUACCGGGACAUGCACCAGAUCAACCGAGCUGGCCUCUUCCUGGGAUCCAUCUCCUCCUCCAGUGUGCGGGAUCUUGCCUCCCACUUUGAGAGGAGCAACCUGGCAUUGGCCAGGGGCGAGCUGGGCCCCAGCCAGGAGGGCUCAGAGCACAUCCCCAAGCACACUGUCUCCUCCCGCAUCACCGCUUUUGAGCAGCUGAUUCAGCGGUCCCGGUCCAUGCCGUCCCUGGACCUAUCCGGCAGGCUGAGCAAGUCCCCCACACCUGUGCUGUCCCAGAGUUGCCUGACCUCAGCCCGCUCAGCUGAAUCCCUACUUGAGUCAACCAAGCUCCAUCCCAGGGAGGUGGACGGGAUGAGUUCCAGCAGGGUCUACGCCUCCCCAACGUGUAGCAAUAUGGCAGACCACACCUUGGGCUUCAGAGGCCUUGUGCCUUCUGAGCCCCUCUCCACCUGCUCUGAUGAGCUAGACCACUGUUCGAACGUGUCCAAUGACAGCAGAGAGGGCGGUGGCAGCAGUGUUCAUGGGGACUUCCCCAAACAUCGCCUCAACAAGUGUAAGGGCACCUGCCCAGCCUCGUACACACGCUUUACCACCAUUCGGAAGCAUGAGCAGCAGACUUCGAGACAGCCCGAGUGGCGCCCAGAGUCCAGAGGGGACAAGAGCACCCUCCUCAGGAACAUCUACCUAAUGAGUCCCCUCCCUUUUCGGUUGAAAAAGCCCCUCCAACACCAUACCCGGCAGUCUCCCCCUGGUGACUGCUCAGGCCUCCCCAUGGGCCAGAAGCCAGACCUCCCCAGUCAGCCCCAUCAGGACCAGCCCCCCUCUGGGGGGAAGCCCCUGGUUCCCACACGCCUGUCUUCCCGACACACCAUGGCCAGGCUUAGCCGCAGCUCAGAUUCUCUUCAAGAGAGACCCGUGGGCCCGGAGGACUGCCCAAGGGCCGUUAAUAAUGAGAACUCUGUGCCAUACUCAGACCAUGACCUGGACAGGAACAACAACCCACAAAGUGAACGGGUGCCAUCACGCGGAGAUUCAGAAUCACCUAGACAUUUUAUACCAGCUGAUUACUUGGAAUCCACAGAAGAAUUCAUCCGGAGACGUCAUGAUGAUAAAGAGAAACUUUUAGCGGACCAGAGACGACUUAAGCGCGAGCAAGAGGAGGCCGAUAUUGCAGCUCGACGCCACACGGGCGUCAUUCCGACGCACCAUCAGUUUAUCACUAAUGAGCGCUUUGGGGACCUCCUCAAUAUAGACGAUACCGCAAAAAGGAAAUCUGGGUCAGAGAUGAGACCUGCCAGAGCCAAAUUUGACUUCAAAGCUCAGACACUAAAGGAGCUUCCUCUGCAGAAGGGAGAUAUUGUUUACAUUUAUAAGCAGAUUGAUCAGAACUGGUACGAAGGAGAACACCACGGCCGGGUGGGAAUCUUCCCACGCACCUACAUCGAGCUUCUUCCUCCAGCUGAGAAGGCUCAGCCCAAAAAGUUGAUGCCAGUGCAGGUUUUGGAAUGUGGAGAAGCCAUUGCUAAGUUUAACUUUAAUGGUGAUACACAAGUAGAAAUGUCCUUCAGAAAGGGCGAGAGGAUCACACUGCUUCGACAGGUAGAUGAGAACUGGUACGAAGGGAGGAUCCCAGGGACAUCCCGACAAGGCAUCUUCCCCAUCACCUACGUGGAUGUGAUCAAACGGCCACUGGUGAAAAACCCCGUGGAUUACAUAGACCUGCCUUUCUCCUCCUCCCCAAGUCGUAGUGCCACUGUGAGCCCACAGUGUCCCAGUCACAGUAAGCUCAUUACUCCAGCCCCAUCAUCCCUGCCCCACCCCCGCCGAGCCCUGUCCCCUGAAAUGCAGGCCAUCACCUCCGAGUGGAUCUCACUUACCGUAGGGGUCCCAGGCAGGCAUCCUUUGGCCCUGACUCCACCCUUGCCUCCUCUUCCAGAGGCUUCCAUCUACAACAUUGACCACCUCUCUUUGUUGUCGAGGGGAAGCCCCUCCAUGUCCUUCAGCCUCCCUCAUUUGAGUUGGUUAGAUUGUUCCAUCCCACGAUCGGCGGUUUCCCCACGGGCCCUGCCUCCUCCCCACAAAGCCUACUCCCCGACACCCAGUGCCCAAGCCCCCCUUCAUGUCAAUGGAGACAGUGGUAUCCACAUGCUACCUUCAGGCACUUACCAGGAUAGCGUCUCCCAGUCACUGCUGGGGAGCUCUGACAGGGUCAUCUCAGAGCUUAGUGAUGCCUUUAGCAACCAGAGCAAAAGGCGGCCAUGGCGAGAAGAGAGCCAACGGUAUGAGAGGAAAGCAGAGAGGGAGGCAGGUGAGAGAUGCCCUGGUGGACCCAAGAUCUCUAAGAAGAGCUGCUUGAAACCUUCAGACGUGGUCAGGUGCCUGAGUACUGAACAGAGACUCUCAGAUCUCAACACCCCCAAGGAGAGCCGACCCAGCAAGGCCCUGGGUAGCCUUUUUCCAGGAAGGGAGGCUGAGCAGACAGAGCGACCUAGAGGUGGCGAGCAGGCUGAGAGGAGAGCUGCUCAGAGAGAUGGGAGCCAGCAACCUCAAGCCCAGCAGCGAAGAGUCACCCCAGACAGGAGUCAAACCUCACAAGAUUUAUUUAGUUACCAAGCAUUAUAUAGCUAUAUACCACAGAAUGAUGAUGAAUUGGAACUCCGUGAUGGAGAUAUCGUUGAUGUCAUGGAAAAAUGUGAUGAUGGAUGGUUUGUGGGUACUUCAAGAAGGACAAGGCAGUUUGGUACUUUUCCAGGCAACUAUGUAAAACCUUUGUAUCUAUAAGAAGACUGAAGAUUAUUUUUAUCGGAGGAUGAAGCAUAAUUCACGAACUGGUGUCUUUAUUUGAAUGUUGAGUAGGAAAAUGAAUGCAGCAGAUAAAGUUAAGAAGCAAAAGAGAGGGACAGAGAAGUAUGUUUAAAACCCAAGACCGUCUAAGCUUACUGUGUAUCAGACAGGGCUGAAUCAUGUGCUGAGGAAAAAGAAUUGAAGCAAAUGCGUACAUCCUUAGCUGCUUCUGGGAGCCACUCCAGCCUUCCCCUCUCCUCCCCUCCACCUCUUGGGUAAUCAGACCUGGAGCACAUUCCAGGAGCAGAGUUAGCCAGAAAUGCUUCCUCCUGUCCCAGCCUUAACCUGCUCCCAUCUCAAAGGGGUCAUUGAGCCUGAAGCAAUCCUCAGGCACCAAGCAGAUCCCCAACCAUUUUCCAGACACUCCAAGCCUCAGAAUCCACCAACUCCCCUAGCCUCCAUGCGGCAGCCGACCUCCUCCCCACCCCCAAACUGCUGGAGAUCUGCUGGGCUACCAAGGCUGUCCCUAGACAGUGGUGGAGGUCCCCAAGCUGCCCAAGACUGAAUCCCUCCCUGGACCUGCUAAAGUACGGGUGGGGAGAUGGAAAUUAGGUGCCCUGUGCAUUCAGCCUGCUGUGCAGCAUUGCCAUUUGCUGAGCUGGUGGUGUUCAGACCAAAAAACACACAAGGUUUUCCAAUUCCAUGGGAAUUGGGGAGCAGGUAACCAGGCAGAUAGGUGAGGUUACAUUUGCAUUUCACAUAAUGGAGUCAAGGAAGCCCUGCAACUCUGGAGGUCACUUGCAGUGUGUUCCUUUCCCAUAACACUGGCUUUUUAUAAAUGGUCACUUUCAGGGCACAGUACAGCCACAUUCUUUUCUGGCUUGUGUUUGGCUGGGACAGUUUGGAAUUGGUAGGUCUAUUCUCAUAGAAAAUCAAGAAUGGUGUUCAGUGAUUCGUUCAACAUACACCCGUGUACACUGGCUGCUGGGGACACUGAUGGGCAAGACACACUCCAGGCUUAGAAGGGACUCACCAUGUCUCCAGGGUUGUGACUCCUAAUGCACCCUGAUGCGGCUUCUUUUCAGAGCAGAGGUGCAGAUACAGUGGCUGUGAUUAUGAAGCAGCGAUCAGGAGGUCUGUCCUUUGUGGGGGCUGGAUCCAAGGAGAGAGGCUCCUGCGACACUUGGGGUGCUUAGUCAGAAUUCUUUCCAAUUCAAAGAUGUUUAUCCGCCUCUCUCUUAGAUCCCUUUGUGAGACAAAAAUAGAAACAACCCAUUGAGAACUCAGAGGGGAUUUGGGAGACAGAGAAAAGAACUUAAUCAAGAGAGACUGUGAUAAGUGCUAAGAAGGGUAUGAGAGAGGAAGAGAUGUAUUUUCCCUGGAGGGAUCCUAGAAAGCAUUGUCAUAUUUCUGUCUCCAUUAGCUCACUUUUGAACAACUAGGUUUCUGGAAGAACCUUUGAGAGUAGUUUAUGGCUGGAAAUACUUGGAACUUUUCCAGAGUUUGCAAACUCUCAUGCUUCCCACAAAUAUAUAUCAAGGUCACAAAUAGAAGUAGCAAUUCUAAAUGGUAGGGGUGUGUACAGAGCUCCUACUCUCUGCCGUAGUUCAGAAUGACUCCAGGACCAUUGUCCCAAAGUUUGGAGUCUUUACAAGUAGGUAAAUCUGUCUGCGGUGCCUCUGCCUCAGCUGCUGUCUCAGAUACUCACCUUAGGAUCCCAACACCGCACCAGACAGCCACAGUACCUUCACUUUCUCCUUAUUCUUCCUUCAAAUCUUGCUCUCAGGAAAGAAACUGCCACUGAUUUAUUCACACUAAAGUGUAAAUGACUGAUAAGAGGAAUGUGUUACCUCUUCCCAGAGACAUUUGUUUUUAGCUGGGACAAAGCAGAUCCUUAAUCCCAAGGGAAAAGGCUGUAGAACUGGGGAGCAGGAGAGGAGAGGGUGUGCUUCCUGAGUAAAAAGAGCACACCUUCUUGAUUUUCCUUAGGACCCAGUGACAAUAAGAUCUAUUGUUUUGGAAGGUCUGCUCCACCAUCCAAGAGCACUGUUUUUUUGACCUUCUCUCUCUGUCUCUGAGGGAAUAUAGUAAAAAUGCAUAUGCACAUGCAUUUUGCACAGCAGCAUUUCACCCAUUUUGGAAUGUAAUUCUUGUAUUUGGCUAUUGUGUUUCCUUGUCUUACGUGCAAGCUAUUAAUAACACAAUCUUAUUUAAUAGGGUUUUUGAGGGGUGCUUCUUGAUUAAGUAGGUAAUUUUGAACACCUCUUUAAAUACAGCUAGAAAAUAAAACCAAUUUGUAAAGCCACACUUGCAUAUGAAGUCAGGCUCACGCAUUUGUAUAUCUCCAGACAUCCAGGUAUGCCUCGCCAAUUUGCCCGUCUUUAAUAAAAUCAUGUGUUAAAAUUUGCAUCACUUCAGCUUCCUAAGUAUGACAAAACAAGGAACAAAAGUUUCCAAUGGCUCUUUUGUCUUCAGACAUUUAGUAAUAUAAAGUACCUAUUUUUAUGCUGAAAUGUUUAUACAGGUUUAUUAAUAGCAAUGCAACUAACUGGCGGCAUGCCUGUGCAACAUGUUUUGGUAUAUUAGCCAUCCUUCCUGGUAAAGGCAAGCCCCAAACUACUUAUCUUUUUCAGUCUCUCUAGGAUCAGUAAUAGAAAAAAAAAUCAUAUGCCUAAGAAGUGGGACUGUGUAAAUAUGUAUAUUUAACUUUGUAUAGCCCAUGUAUCUAUCUUGUAUAGAGAAAUAAUUUUAAAAUUUUGAAUGGAAGGGGAAGUAAAAUAAGGAAGUCAUGAAGGUUUGUGCAUUUUAUUUAAAUGAAGGAAUUCCAAAUAACUCACCUGAAGAUUUUUAGCAAAAAAAAUAGCCAUUGUAAAGUGUUGAAAUUUACAAUAAUCAUUAUUUUGGGGAGAGAAGGUAACUAUAAUCUGAGUCACAGUUUUUCGGUUUUUUAAAUUUUGUUUUUGGGUUUUUGUUUGUUUUUGCAGUCCUAUUUAUCUGCAGUAGUAUUAAGUCCUAUUGCUAGAACAGGUUACUACAAAAAAAUAUAUUCUGAAAAAAACAUAUUAUAACCAGUUAAUUCAAAGGAUUGCCAUUUAAAUUACACUCCGAGAGCAUGUACUAUGCAGACAUAGGUUUUUCUGUUCAUUUUUUUUUCUUUAUUGUAGUGGAUUGAUUUGAUAAAUAGAUGUGUUGGAUUACCACAUUUGCUGUACAUAUUAUUUAAUAAACUUUAUUCAGAGUUGUGUGGCA